AUGGCAAAUCGAACUACCAUAUCUUUUGCUUUCAUCGUAGUAGUGUUGGUCUUGGCCACACAGAUAGAACAAGGUGAAGGUUUUCUAGUACCAGACUUCAUAGGUCAGUACUUUCACUUAUGUGGAUGUCCUGACACAGCUAAAUGUGAAAACAAUUGUGCGACACGAUUUAAUGGAACCGCUGGACGAUGCUCUGGAUUUCUUCACGCUCGAUGUGAAUGUCAAAUUAAAAAAGAAUGGGUAUCGAAAGAACGUCAAUGUUAA